UUUGGGUAUUUGUACUGCGCGCGCCGUCGUCAAGUGACGUUCUCGUUCUCUUGCUAAAUCAGCCUAAUGUAAGGACAGGAAGACUACUCUUUCGGAUUUUUCUACCUUGGGAAUCUCACUUCUCAGAUGUCACUUGUCGUCUUCUUAACCCGCUUUGAUUUUGAGAAGAGGUACAUGAGAGUCUUGCGUACUUCGACGACUUUUAUACCUCGAUGCGCAACUUCUACUGAUUUUACUGAUGCUACUGAUAAAACUUGUGUAAUCUCGAAGGUUUCCAGCUAAAUACCUAAACUGUAGACAUGUUUAAGUCUACUGACCAGGGGAACUAAAAAGACUUCCCUGGCUUAACUUGGACAAACGCCAAACACACCAACUGGACGAAGACAAACAAAUAACAAGCAGCCAAUGAAUACAAUGGCCGGGGAAAGAUAGUUUUAAACGAAAUCUAGCCCGCCACAACGUAAACUUUCGUUGAGGUUUACACCAAGGUCAGCAAGACGGUCGAAAAAUUACUACAGUCAGAACAAUUGUUAAAAAGUUAGAGAACAUAGACAAAACAAACAGCAAAAUUGAGUACAAGGAAAGAUAUGUGUGGGCUGACCUUGACUGUUGGACAGCCAUGGAAAAACAUGAGACUAACUCAAACCAAACUAAAAUUAACAGUGAAAUGAUAAAUAAAUUUAGCUUCUCAAAACAAAAUUCGACUUAGUUCCGGGCAGGUUACAAUGUGGUCAAAAGCAUGGACUUCGACUAAAUAUCAUGGUCGUAACCAAGGAUAUUUUCUCUCAGCUAAAAUCAAAUUUUGAUCCCUGAUUCAACCACUUAAUAUUUUGUACCAAUGAAGAGAUUUGACGGGGGUUUGUGUCCCAGACCGCGAUUUGUUGUGCGUCUUUACCUGAGGUAGAUUUUCAUUCCUUCACAGAUCAGUUCUUCAUUUUGUUCUUACGCAUUGAGGAAUUAUUUAAAUCUCGUGCUUUUUAGAAAUUGAACGGGAGAGUGCUUCUAAAAAAUGCCCGGUCCCGGCAUUAUACACUUUUUCAAAAACUCUCUUGGACGAAAACGGAGCAAAAUUCACAUUAUCUCUGUAGGAUAUACGAUAAAACAAUGCGAUAAAAUGGAAAAGUUACAAGACAUUUUGGUAAAAAAAAAAAAAAAAGAACACGACAUUUCGUGGUAUCAAGUCUGGUAGGAGAAUUGAUCUAUUUUUAGUCACUAAAAGAACUUCAAACUCAGGACGACCCCAUGUGAGUCUGGUAGCCUCAAGAUCCGACCACACUAGCGCGUUUUCUUUUGAAAACGCAUACGGACUUUUUGAUGCAGUUUCGCCUACCCGCCGUCGACACUAAAAAGACCGAAAACGCUGAUGAAAAUGGUGGCUUUCGAAAACGGUUUUAAAAGUGGAGCCUUUUAAAAAGGCACCGUUUUGUAAACUCUCCGUUUCUAGUGUGGAUAUGUAAAAACGGAGGCUUUUGAAAACGGUGUUGCAAAAAGCGUCAUAUACUGUUGUUUCCUUCAGGAUUUUCAGGCGUUUUAGUGCGGACGAUGGGCGAAAACGCAUCCAAAAGUAUGCGUUUUCGAAUGAAAACGGAUUGGUGUGGACAGGUGACAACAAAAUGAAAACGCCAAUGUGGCUGAAAAUGUCUUGGUUGAGACGAAAACGGAUACUUUUAAAAACGCAUUGUUUUCAUGUUUCCUCAUUAUGCAAUACAAUGUAGUGAAAUAUGAGUAGGAAAUCCCUAAACACCGUUUAUAGCGUGACGGAAGCAUUCAAGAGGUAAACAGCCAGAGAUUAAAUAUUUUUGAAAAGGAAAGAGUUUUUUACUUGCAAAAUGGAGUAUUUUAGUUUCUCAUUCGGAAUAAAGUUUCCAAAAAGCUCAAUCCCUUACUGACCUUCCAAAACAUAAGCAAAUUAGCUGAUCCUAUGACUUGUGACCCCUGGGCUGUGAUCCCUGAUCCCUUAUAUACCUGGUUUUCCGUCAGGCGCAUCGUUCUAGCGUAGUUGACACGUUCACAUAUGGCGCGCUUUCAUUCCACACAAGUGAGUCGGAAAGCACUUACUCGCGUCAUAGCCACUUGACUAGGUCGGACUAUUUUGACUAUUUUGUGACACCAUUUUCUCUUGGUGACACGUCCGGCCGCACCGCAGGGAGAUCACGCGAAGGCCCGGCAGAAUUUCAGUCACGAACAAGCACAAAGAUUGCUUUCCGAGGAGUGCAGUAGGAUCGAACAAGACAAGACUACCAAAAUGACACUACAACAUGUCGUCUCUAAAUUUGUCCAAGGUUGCUGUGUUCUUUGCUUGUAUGUGUUUACCAUAGCAGGGGUGACGUAUGCGUUUGCAGCCGCCGGGCUGUAUUUUCUCUACUUCAAUCCUCAGUUCUUGCCCAUUGCUGCGUUGUACUUAGCAUGGAUGGUUGUAGACCAAAAGAACUCCAAGCAAGGUGGAAGGAAAGUCGGUAUUGGUUACGUAGGUGACUUGGCUGUGUUCAGAUAUUUUCGAGAUUAUUAUCCUAUCUCACUAGAGAAAACAGUGGACCUUGACCCUUCUAAAAACUAUAUUUUUGGAUAUCAUCCUCAUGGUUUCAUUCCUGAGGGUUUGGUCAUUAGUUUUGGGACCAAAGUGCUGGAUUUUCAAACAAAGUUUCCCGGCAUAACACCGCACAUUGGAGGACAUUCACGUGAGUACUACGCACGGGAGCUUGGCACUUUUAUUCUUCUAGUGAUACUUUGGUCACCAAUUUUACGUGAGAUUGCAUUGUGGCUUCGAGUUGUGGAUGUAGGGUUAGAGAGUUGUAGAUACGUCUUGACUCAGAUCGGCCCAGGCCAUUCUUUGGUUUUAAUACCUGGAGGCGCUGCAGAGUCUCUAGACUCAAGCUCCAAAGAAUACAUCUUAACUCUGAACAGACGAAGACAGUUUAUCAAAAUGGCUUUAGAGACAGGGUACGAGUCAGACUUUUAGUUAUUUUGAUGAACACUUGGUUCACUUGUUAGACUCGCUUAGCACUGUUUAGCUUCAUAUCCAGCCCUUGUUUGGGAAAUGAGCCUGUACUUCUUCCCCAAGCAGGUUUUAGUAACAGGACUGACUCCAGAUCAACAGGUCUGGGUUUAAUCCUCGGUUGGAGCCCGAGAGGAACUCCCAUAUAAGAAGGACGGGGGUGCUCGUUGUACCUCUUAGGGGUUAAAAAGGCGAUUUUGGUACCUCAGGGUGUUUGGCCUCAAAAGGUUCACAGAGGGAGCUUUUACAGUUUAGGGUAUUGAACUGAAAAAAGGUAUUACAUGAGAUAAUGUGUUGCUUUAAAAUUGGUACCUCUUAGGGGUGAAAAAACUUCCAAGCCACGCCCACAAAACUGGAUCUUGGUACCCCUUAGGGGCUCAUGCCAAAAUUUCCGGAGCAGCCCCGUCCUUUUUAUAUAUUUUAUAUUGUGGUCUUUAGCAAGACACUCAGCUCUCACAUGCUCAGUUCCUGAGUGUUAUUAAAUAUUGUCCUGCAUGCAACCAAAAUUUCUCACCAUCAUUAAACCCAUGACUUGGGACGAUCAUGUCAGAAGGUUGAUAGUGCCAAGAUGGUUCUUAUGUGGCAGUCAGAUAUUGAUUCAUACCAAAAUAAAAUGUUCAGUAAUUAACACUCUUCUGUCUUUUACUUUUUAAUG